UCUACAUAUGAUCUAAAUAGAAAAACACAGUAUAGAUGUAAACAGGGAUUUGUAACAUCGAAUGGAGAGACAUCAGGAACAAUUACCUGCCUCGAAAAUGGUUGGUCAGCUCAACCUUCAUGCAUCAAGUCUUGUGAUAGGCCUGUAUUUGAGAAUGCUGGAACUAAAACUAAUAGCACAUGGUUUAAAAUCAAUGAUGAAUUAGACUAUGAAUGCCAUGUUGGAUAUGAAAAUAGACAUAAAGAUACUAAAGGUUCCAUAAUAUGUACAACUGAUGGAUGGUCUGAGAAACCCUCUUGCUAUGAGAGACUUUGUGAUUUUCCAAAAAUAAGCCAUGGAAUAUUAUAUGAUGCAAAGAAAUAUGACUCACUGUCCCCUGUUCCUAGUGGGAAGGUUUUAUACUACUCUUGUGAAUAUAAUUUUGUGUCUCCUUCAAACUCCUUCUGGACUUGCAUAACAUGCACAGAAGAAGGAUGGUCACCAACACCAAAGUGUCUCAGGCUGUGUUUCUUUCCUUUUGUGGAAAAUGGUGAUUCUACAUCUUCAGGACAAACACAUUUACAAGGUGAUGCUGUACAAGUCGUUUGCAAUCAAGGCUACACCCUUCACAAUAAUCAGAGCAGCAUUGCAUGCACUGAAGAGGGCUGGUCCAUUCCUCCCAAAUGCAUUUCCACCAGUUCAAAAGGGAAAUGUGGGCCUCCUCCAUCUAUUGACAAUGGAGACAUCACCUCCUUCACCUUAUCAGAAUACCCACCAUUAUCAUCAGUCGAAUAUCAAUGCAAGUUAUUCAAUAAAAUGCAGGGCAACAAAAAAAUAACAUGUAGAAAUGGAGAAUGGUCAGAGCCACCAAAAUGUUUAAAUGCAUGUAUAACAUCAGAAGAAAUUAUGGGAAAAAACAAUAUAAGUCUCAAAUGGAGAGAAAAUGGAAAGCUUUAUGUCUUAUCAGGGGAAUAUGUAGAAUUUAUAUGUAAUAGUGGAUAUCAAAGGGCAAAAGCAUCACCUCCAUUUCGUACACUGUGCAUUGAUGGUCACAUUGAUUAUCCCAGUUGUUCAAAAAGAAGUCCUUGGUUUAGUGGAUGAAUGAACUUUUAUUAAGAAAUAUGCAUGCAUAUUACUAAUACAGUUUCAAUUUAUGUUUGAAGUAUUGUUUAACUCAUUUCUUCUCAUAAGUAUAAACUUGACUAAUUUGAAGCCUGACAUAUGAUUGUUACAAAUGCAAAAGAGUGCAUUCGAAAUACCUAAACCAGAAAGUGGUAUGUCCUAGCACAAUAAACAAUGACAAGAAAAUGCAAUUA